AUGGAAUCGAAUCGAAUAGGAAACUAUGAGCUUUUUGACAAAAUUGGUGAGGGAUCAUUUGCAUUUGUAUGGGAAGGUCGAAACACCAUCACAAAUUGUCCCUGUGCCGUCAAACAAUUUCGAAAAGAUACAUUCAACCACGAAGCCGCCGUAUCAAUGAAUAGAGAGAUUAGUAUCAUGCAGAUACUCGAUCACCCACUCAUUGCUCAGCUCUACGAAGUCGUAGAAACCCAACAUGAUACAUUUUUAUUUAUGGAAUUAGUAGACAACGGAACGUUACUGGAAUACAUCAACAAAAAUGCUCCGAUAUCCGAAAAUAAGUCUAGAAUUAUCUUUGCACAGAUAGUUGCCGUUCUAGAUUAUUUGCACAACGAAAAACGAGUUGUCCACCGCGACCUCAAAGCAGAAAACAUAUUGAUUGAUCAAAACGAUAAUAUAAGAGUCAUUGAUUUCGGUCUCAGUAACGUUUUAAACCAAAAUACAGUUUUAUAUACGGCAUGCGGCUCAUCAGCGUACGUUGCCCCAGAAAUGUUGUUAAACAAGCCGUAUACCCAAGCUGCUGAUAUCUGGAGUGCCGGAGUUCUGCUAUAUGCUAUGAAUGCCGCUCAUUUACCAUUUGAAGAUUCGAAUGUUACUCGUUUAGUUGAUAAAGUCCUCAAUAGACAACCAGAAUACCCACUAGCGUUCUCUAAGAACCUCACAGAGCUGAUAUCUAAGAUGCUAACUAAAGAUCCGUCGCAAAGAAUUACAUUGGAAGGAAUUCUUCACGAUCCUUGGUUUUUAUCUGAUGCUCUUGGAAAUAGUUUUAGUUACAACUUCAAAACUCUUAGCAAAUACAAACUUAUAUCAAAUCCUUACAAUAUCGAGCUCGAUGAAGAAGUUUUAUCAAGAUUGGCAGAAUUCGGUAUCGAUACUACAAAUCUCAAAGCUGAUUUGGCUAUGAAUAAGAUGACAGAUGCAACAGCGGCUUACAAAUCAAUACAUAGAGAAUUAUUCUUAGAAAGAGGCGCUUGUUUGAUCGAUGAGAUGAUUAUCCCGGUCCUUCGCCAAUUCUCUAAUUCUUCAGUUAAUGUAACUCGCCAUAUUUUGUUAUCAGAAAUUCCGCCAAUGAAAAACUCGACAGAAACAAAUCUUGCUAUUCUUCAGAACCCGCCUCUACUUGCUAAGGUGCCUUCGAAGUUUGGAGGUCAAAUUCCGAUGAUUCCUUCGAAGAGUGGCCCAAUUAUUAAUUUAAUUGUGCCAAAUAUCAAGAAUCGAUCAGCAACCAACUUACAGUCGCGUCCAUCACGCAGAAUUAUAGUUAAUGUUUGUAAAAAAUAA